UGAGCCAGGCAUGAUUUUUAGGUGGAGAGAGGGCAAGUGAAUGGAGCUCUUACCUCUCUCCAGUGGAACCUGAGCAAUGCCUCCGCAUCAGGAAACUAUUUCUGGAGACGUCUGGAUAAACAAAGUAAUCCUUUUGGAGCUAAGUAUUAUACAGGAGAUAAUAUACUAAUAAAUAACAUUUCCUCAUUAUUGAUCAUUUCUUUAAGGUAGGUUCCUGGGAAGGGAAUUAGAAGGUCAUGUGUUAUAAAUAUUUUUUAAAGCUCUUAAUACAUUUUUAAUCAUUAGACAGUUUUUCCUGGCAUUUCUUUAUGUGGUUCACAGCAAGCCUGUGUGUCUAACCCUCUUCCCCUCCUCUCCUUUUCAAUGCUGUCGCUGUAGAGUUGACUGGCAGUUUCUGUGUAACGGGUGAGCCUUGGAAAUCCUAAACCAUGGAGGCCGGUCAGGACACCGCCCUCGUCCUGGUGAAGAUCCUGGAGGAGCUGGACAGCAAGCAGAACAGCGUCUCCUACCAGGACCUGUGCAGAUCCCUGUGUGCCCGCUUUGACCUGCCGCAGCUCGCCAAACUGAGGAGCGUGCUCUUCUACACGGCCUGCCUCGAUCCCAGUUUCCCAGCCACACUAUUCAAAGACAAGAUGAAACGCUCUGUGAACAGCCAGCAGUCCAAGAAAAUCAUGGUGGCGGCAGAUAUCGUGACGAUAUUCAACCUGAUCCAGAUGAGUGGGGGCGUCGCCAGGGAGAAGCUGCCCGCAGGCCGGCAGAAGGCACACAAAAAGGAGGCGUCCUUCGAGUCCUGCAGGUCGGACACGGAGGUCUGCAGCGCGGCCGAGUGCGAGCCCCUGAACUGUGAGCUGGCCGGAAGGCCUUUUGGCCAGAACUACCCUGCCCGGCAGCCAUCCAAGUGCCGGAAGCUGGACUGCAGGGACUGCCCCCAGUUCGUACCUGCCUCGGAGCCCAACUUCUUGCUGGGUGUCAGCAAGGAGGCAAAAGCCCGCGCCGCCUCCCUGGACAGGCUGCAGGCACUGGGCCCGUACUCGGUCGCCAGCCCUCAGCCCUGCGAGAUGCAGAGGACCUACUUCCCCAUGACCAUUGAGAACGAGUCUGUCUCAGACCAGGACUCGCUGACCAUCCCCCAGGGCCUCAAGGAGACAUUCGUGGCCAACGAUGAGCACUUUGUGGUCCAGUCCUGCGUCCAGAAAAGGAACAUCUUCAAAGAGGAUUUUCACAAUCUGGUGACCGUGUCCCCCAGUUUGGUUGCCCCUGCUAACAAGGCCGAUGGAGAGCAUGGGGAGCCCCAGAGUCGGAAGGAGCCCCACAAGACACCCUUCUUUAACCACAGCUUUGAGAUGCCCUACAACAGCCAGUACCUGAACCCCGUGUAUUCCCCUGUUCCUGACAAAAGGCGGGCAAAGCAUGAAAGCCUGGACGACCUUCAGGCCUCCACGUACUUUGGGCCCACUCCCAUGAUGGGGACCCCGGAAGCCAGGCGCUGUCCCGGGAGGCCAGGCAAGCAGACCCCCUGGCCAGCCAAGAGCUGGAGCCUAAACACAGAAGAAGUCCCUGACUUCGAACGGUCCUUUUUCAGUAGAAACCCUUCCAAGGAGAAGCUGCACUACCCCAAUCCCAGCAGCCAGACUCCCAGCUUCCCAGCCCGGGACCAGCGCCCGGCUUACCUCCCGCCAAAGGAGCAGCAGCCAAUGCUCCCCGCUGGCUACGCGGCGAAACCCAAUGGGCUCAAAUCUAAGGAGAUCUCGUCCCCCGUUGACCUGGAGAAGCAGGAACCGGUCAAGUUAAAAGACAAGAGCAUCUGCUGCACCAGCGGGCAGCUCAGCUCGGACACCAGCAGCGUGGGCACCCAGACCGAGCAGCAUGUGCUGGAGCCCAAGAAAUGCAGAGACCCGUGUGCCUCGGUGCAGGGCAAGUACGGGGACAGGCACCCCACAAAGCAGUCGGACGACGACUCGGAGGUCGUGAGCGACGACAUCAGCGACAUUUUCCGGUUCCUUGACGACAUGAGCGUCAGCGGCUCCACGGGCGUGAUCCACUCAUCCUGCUACAACAGCACAGGGUCCCUGUCUCAGCUCCACAGGUCGGACUGCGACAGUUCACCGGAGCGCAACAUAACCAAAAUCGCCGCCGGCGGCAAAGGCGGAAAGGGCAACCGGCCUGAAAACAGCCACCCCUCGGAAGAGGAGUUGAAAACCAGUGUCUGCAAGCUGGUGCUCAGGAUCGGCGAAAUUGAACGGAAGCUUGAAUCGCUGUCUGGCGUCCGCGAGGAAAUCUCCCAGGUCUUGGGCAAACUAAAUAAACUGGACCAGAAAAUGCAGCAGCCUGAGAAGGUGAGUGUGCAGACGGACCUGAAUUCCUUGACCAGUGAGGCUCCAUCUGAUGACAGCGCCUCUCCUCGCACGUUCCCCGCACACAGCGGCUCCCACGGGCCCAAACUGGAGAACGGCGCGGACUGGUGCUGCUCUGAGGCCAGCGGGAGCCAUGGCGAAAGCCUGCGAGUCAAGGCCUUAAAGAGCAGCCUCUUCACCAGGCCAUCCUCCAGGUCGCUGACCGAAAACAGCGCCACGGAGUCCAAAAUCGCCAGCGUCUCCAGCUCGCCCAGGGACUGGCGCACCGUCGCCUGUGCCGGCCGCGGGGGCCUUGGCGAGGAGGAGGUCCAGGACAGAGGCCCGGGGGAGAGCAGGGACUGGCAUCGGAAAUCUAAGGAGGCGGACCGGCAGUGCGACUUCCCCCCCCAACACCGCCGGCCCAAGCAGCCCAGAGACGGCCUCCUGGUGGAGCAGGUCUUCAGCCCGCAGCCCCGCCCCGCCUCCCUCAAGGCCCUGAAGAGCAACCCGCUGUACACGGACAUGCGGCUGACCGAGCUGGCCCAGGUGGAGCGGGGCCAGCCCUCCUGGGCCGCCGAGGGGUACGCCCGGAGCGGGGGCGACAAGGGCAAGCUGGCGGCCCUGGACCUGCAGACGCAAGAGUCUUUAAAUCCGAACAACUUAGAGUACUGGAUGGAAGACAUUUACACUCCGGGCUACGACUCGCUGCUGAAACGCAAAGAAGCCGAGUUCCGAAGAGCCAAGGCCUGCAAGAUGGCGGCUCUCAUCGCGGCGGCCGCGUGCACCGUCAUCCUGGUCAUUGUGGUGCCCAUCUGCACGAUGAAGUCCUGAGCCGGGACGCAGCCACGGGCACAGCUGGGACCACCGUGUGCUCCUCUGCCGUCUAAAACCUCGGGCGGCCGCGUCGCAGUGGUUUGUCGGCCCAGAGAUGAAGUCAUGGAGGCUUUUCUGCCAAUGCUGACGAUGGUCUUCGGGAGGCACGCAGUCUAGACAGAAACCUCCCUGCUGUGAGCUUCGACUUAAUGGUCCUGGAUGCAUUUUCAGACCUGCAAUAGGACUUCCUACCAAGGGACUGUCCUGAACCACCAGGGAUUCAAACGGAAUUACAAGCCAAAAAAAGGGCACAGGAGUCAGACUCUGUCCAUCCUGAGGAAGCGCCCUGGUGGGGAACCGUCACCAGAAGAUAUCAGACGCCUGCCCCGAGGGAAGCUAAGCGAGGCAGCCGGUGAGAAAAGGCGCGUCCUGUCCUUCCUCGAGUGCGUAUUGCAGGCAAAGUCACAGCGUUUCCACCCUGUUUUCUGCUGACUCGUCCCAAGGGCUGUGGACUCUCCCUCUCGCCCUUCUGGCGUCACUGCGACCUCCACUGCAGUCUCCAUGAGGACAUUCUGGGCUCUUCUUUGUGGCCGUGGCGGGGAGGAGCUGAACUGCCCGAUCGGGCGUGGCCUGGAGCGGGCUCUUCUCUGCCUGACGGGAGGAAUUCAGGCCCGGAGGCCUUCCUGUCCCUGCCCCCCAGCCCGGGAGGGCUCCUCGGGAACAGAGGGAGGUCAGCGAGUGCAAGCCGUGGCCACCUGAAGGGCCCCGUUCCUGCUUCGGUGUGUGGCUCCACUCCCUGAUUUUCGGUCUCCUGGUGGGGUCCGAUGCCCUGCCUCUUGCUCACGAGUUGAAGAGUUUGGAACUUGUCCUUGUGCCUUGAAGAGUAGAGAGAAUGGCUAGACUUUGACAUUCUAACUGUAAACCACAGUCUCUAUGUGACACCAAGUGUGGCCAUUUCCAGUGGCUUUCACAGAGAUUUCGAAAGCUUGUCUCUAAUAUGAUAGAGGCACUGAGCUGUUCUCAGCUACCCCAGCACCUAGUCCAGAGUUCUGAAUACUGCUCGGCUGUCCAAAAGACAAUAGCUAUUUAAUCAUUUAUGUAUCUAUCUAUAUACGUCUAUCUAAAUACCUAAUUUUGGUCUGUUGUCUUCUCUGUUAGAUAACUUGAGAGAAAGCUUUCUACAGUGCACAGGGAGCCGCUGUGAUUUCUUUGGAAUUUGAUCUCCAUUUCCGCCUGUUGGAUGGUGCUUUGACAUAACUGGACAGAAAGAGUCCUUUUCAAUAUUUGACUCUAAUGUCGUGCUAUCGGGGAAAGAAAAUCAUUGACAGACACUACUAGCUCUCUAAUUCUUCUGAGAACAUGCUGGUAGUGAGAAUAAUCUGGAUGAUGUAAUAAACUCCUGAAAGAGACAUUGGGAAAGCAUCUCAGAUUUUUAAAGCAAUAGGAGCCCCAGCAUCCAUCCCAGAAAACUUCCAAAUAAUGCUCAGCUGCUGCGUCUAACUCUGUCCUCCACCGUAAGGCGCAGUCAGAACAUUUCAAGCUGUUAACCAAGAAGGGACAGAUGCUUUCACCUGUAGGGAGCCUUUAUUUAUACAGGUCUUGGUGUUGUCCAUUUUGGUCUCAUGCUUAUGUGCAGAUUUUCAACUAGGUGACUGAAAGUGAAGCCUUAGUAUAUGGAAAACUGAGGAUGUAUCAUUGAAAACAAAAUAUUUAUCUGUUACUGUCGUCAGAAUUUUAGUCUUUUGGUGCUUGGGUUUGGGUGGGCAUAUGAAAUAAGGCUGGUUCUUUUUUUCACCCUAAAGGGGAAAGUAGGUUAACAGCCUCGGGGGUUGGGAGCUGCUGUCCUGACUGGACUCUUCGCCUGGCAGGGAGGAUCAUGGGGGAUGGGCCAAACCACUGUUGCGCUGCCCUUGGGUGGCAAUUCCUGAUGGGCCUGUCUGGCCACGGGCCUAGCUACCGAGGGAGGGUGUGACCAGGAGCCCUGCCCCAUGCAUGGAAGAGAAGGGACCCUGUAGGAUUUUCUUUUACGCUUUUUGUAUCUGGGGAGGUAAUCGGAGAAACGUAGUGUUGCUCUAAGUCCAGUAGAGCUUUUAAAUGAACUCAGUGUCAUUGCCACAUGACGGAAAGGUCCAGACUGGGUAACACCCCUGGAAACCAGAUAGUGAGAGAGCAAAGGCCAGAUGGUUUCCUCGAAGGGGUUUCCUCAGCCUGAUGGCUCUGAUUCUGGUGUCCAGUUAUGGAUGUCUGCCGUGGUAGGAAGCUCGUGGAUGCUCAGGUUCUUGGGAUCUGGAGAAGGUGAAGUUCACAGCUGGGUUCUAUAUGUCCAGUGACCCCCAAGCUCAUUACAGCCUUUGUUCCCUGGGCCCCAGAUUCACUCUAGCUCCUGCAUCCCUCUAUCUGCAGAACGGGUCCAGACAGUGCCCAGCUGGGAAGGAAACAGCUCCCUUUUCCUCCCAAUUCACCUUUCAUGUCCAACUUUUGUGAACUCCCUGUGGUGAAAUAGGGAUGGGCCUGUCCUCUGCACGGGGGUCACCUUUCACCACACUCUCAGACAUUUCCACGUAAAGCAUAAUUUCUUGUGCCUGAGCCUAAAAUCACUACACUAUCAAAAUUCACCUCAUUUCCCUUGUGUUUUAAAAAAAAUUAACAUUCAGAUGUUGUUAUUUAAGGGGUUACUUUGAAAUCAGAUACCCUCAGCCAAUGAAUAUAUUCAGAGUCAAUGCACCCUCUUUUCUAGUCUGAAUCUGCUUUGCACCCAGCCCUGCACAAAAGCAAAAAAAUUUCCCGGCUCACGGUUUUCAGGUAUUUUACACCAGUAGCCCCUUCUUGAAACUGCAAAUCAUACACUGCUAGUGUUUCAGGGCAUGGGGCUAUGGAACGGGUCACCACAAAGCUAGUUUAUUGGAUGUGCUCAGCCUCACUGUUCUAAAUGUGCCGUUAGUUCCGAUUCCUGUAUCAGAACCGAGGUAGUGCUGUUUUUUUUACAGUUUAUUAACAAAACAUCCACGGCACCUCAUUUUAUUUUUUAACCAAAAAAAAAGGCUCUGCCAACAGUGAAUGAUUCUGAGUGGUAUCAAAAUUGUAACUGUUGAAAAUUUAAUAUGGUUCAUAUUAUAACCAACCUGUGAGAUUAUUGUGGUCGAUCAUGUGACUACCAAAUCAGUAUAUUCUGUGUAUUGUACUACAGAGAUUUGUAUUUAAAGGCCAAGAUGUUAUUAAUUGUUGCAGAAAAGGGUAUAAGAUAUUUAUGAAGUGACAAUGAGAAAGGCAACAGACUUCCUUAUCUAUGCCUUAUGAUAAAGGGUGUGACAGGUAAGGCGACGUUUGUGCGCGGAACUUGGAAGGAGCGGGUGUCCGGGGUGGCAGGGACUCGUCUUUCCUAUGUUUGUCCUGUCCAGCUCAGCACACUCUUGGUGCUUGAUCCAUGUUAUAUAAUACUAGUAACUAAGCACAUUUGUAGAUCUUGUUUUCCAAUGGCUUGUGUAAAAUUUGGUCAAUGGACAUCAGCUGGUUUGAAGCUAUCCUGUAAAAUCUGUCUCCCAAUAUAAUAAAAAAUAAAUGGAAAAAUCA